CGAAUUUAAAAAAUAAACCGCCAUGUUAAAUGUUGUGAUUUUCGGCUUCGUCGCGAUUGCCCGUUGUUGUGUAAAGUUUUUCAUAUCACGUAAAAGGAAAAAUCGUGUUUUUAUACGUGGAUCUUUGGAAAAGAAACAGAUACCUGAACAUGGAGUCUCGAUUCGCUCACCUGCGUCAGCGGGACGCCAGUGUGUCAAUGCUGAGGGUAAAAAUGUCACGAAGAAGAUCUCAGUCCCAAAAGGAGAAUCGAGAGCGAGCUGUAAAUACACGCAGGCAGCUAGAUAAACUCCCAGAGCUGGAAAUGUCCUCUUUGGAUGCAUCCAUCAUGUUGGCCAACAUGUCUACCAUUCAGGAGAAGGCACUGGACAAUGCAAGACCUGCAAAAACUAAAGCACAAGAGGAGAGGGUGAAACAGCUUGAGCGCUGGAAAGAACGGAAGGUUCUUGAAAGGGAAAAGGAGAAGAGAGAGAAAGAGCGUAAAGGGGUGUUUAAGACUGGCCUUUAUCAACCGAAGGACACCCUCACUGUUGUGUUGCUCCCUGCUGUCCCACCUGCUUCGAACAGACCUAAAGAGAAAAAGGUGAAUACAGCUAUAACCCAAAGCACCAGAGUUACCCGUUCUAUGAAACAGCAGCAGGAAGUGCACAAGCCUCUCAAGAUGCAGGAUCCAAAUUCCAGGACAAACAAAGUUCAACCUGCUGUGGAAAAAUCAACUAGGACCUGUGUAGCUCCUGUCAGGCCUGCAGCAGCUGCCACCAAAAGCAAAGUUUGUGCAGUGGAGCCUGCUGUACGAGCUUCUUCAACCAGAUCAGCCAACAGGCUUCCUGUUACUAAAGCUCCUGCAAUGAAAGACAAACCUAAAGAUGUAAGACCCAUAAGGACCAUAGUGGUUGUUAACCCUCUUGCGCCCCCAUCUGAUGGAUUAAGAAACUGCAAAGCAUAUACAGCAGCUGGGAGCAACCCAGUCCACCCCAAGGAGCCAGAGGUGACAGAAGCAGAGAAAACACCUUGUCCUCCCAGCCCAACAUCUUGUCCUGAGGAGCAAGAUAUGGUAGUGGACCAAGCUCCAGAGCAACCUGUUCCUUCUGGGGAUGCUGCUUUACCAUCCUUUGCUCCCGACGGUUUCACCUUUCAGGCUCCUGCUGGCUUGUCAUCCUUCAAGUUUGAGCCUCUUACUCCACGCUCAGCAGAUGCCUUCCUUACUCCAAGCUCCAGCUUCAAUCUUCCUCCAGGCCCAAUUUGCAGUGUUGAGCCUCAAACAAAGCCAAGCCAACCCUCUCCUCCCAAGACUCCACACUGUUCUCCUUGUGCAGGUCCUGCUCUGACAAAGCAUGAUGUGCCAUACUUCAGAUCGGAAAUUGACAAAGAGACAGACAAACUGACAACUCUUAGUCUCCACUGGGAGUCUAAAGUGGAAGAUGAGUCCAUCCCAGAAGAAAUGAGAGACCGUAUGCGCUCAGCUGUCGGUCAGGCAAGGCUGCUGAUGAAGGAGCGCUUCAACCAGUUCAGCGGUCUGGUGGAUGACUGUGAGCUGGGCCGAGGGGAGAAGAUCACCACCUGCACUGACCUGCAGGGAUUCUGGGAUAUGGUUUAUUACCAGGUGGAAGAUGUCAAGAAAAAGUUUGACGCUCUCAAAGAAGCAGAGGGCCGAGGUUGGGUGGAGGAGCACAAACCCCCAUCACGCCAAAGGAAAGUGGUAAAGAAACCAACAGCUGCACCUACCAACCCAACAGGAACCAGAGCAGCGGCUAAGUCUCGCCUGGCUGCUGUAAAAGCAGCCAUGAAAGCCAGACAGCAGGCGGCCACGCUGGAGAGAGAGACCAAGGAUGCUGAAAAUGUUGAAACAGGCGCAAGUUCUCAGGAGCCUCAACCGCAAUCAGGGGCCCAAACAUUGGAAAGAGUAGUCUUUGAUGGAGGCUUCUUUCAAGUGGAGAGCCCAGCCAAAUCAACAAUAAGGAGAUCCAGCCGUCUGAGUGCUGCUGUGUUGCCCCGUGCCUCUCCCUGCACCACAUACGUCUCACCUAGAAGAGUCACUCGACAGUCCCUCGCAUUGGCCCAGACUAUGGUUGCACUUGCGUCUCCUGCUCAGUCUGUCCACACUCCAGUGCGGUUGCAUCUUACCCUCGAGCAAACUCCAGCACCAAAGUCUAGGGGAGCCACUCCUCAGCUGCCCCAGAACCAAGAGGGAGCUGUAAAUGGCUCCCUUUGUUUCUCACCUGUUAAGGAAGUGCUUACAGAUGAAAUCCAGUCAGAGAGAAGCUCCACACAACAGUUAGAAAGGGCUUCAUCACAAGACAACACUGCAGCUGAAGACAUCCAUAAUGACCUCUCUCUCCCUCCAAGACUUAGCUUCGCUCCAUGCAAAACACCUUCUCCAGUCCUCCAGACUCCUGAGCCCUCAGCAGCCAUGAGUUUCAUGCUGUCACCCUGUGUAACUCCUGGCCAGCCAGCCAUCUCCUCUCCUGCUAGGCAGGUUCAUAUGGAGGCCCAGGAGUUUGUGUGUCACACACAAAAUGCAUCAGUCAUUGAGGAAAUUCCUGGGUUGGACUUUGAGCGUUACCUACAGCCCUCACAGAGAUGCAGCCUGUCACCAAGCGAGACGGUGGCUCGAGAGAGUUUGUCACCCAUGGCAACAGAUGUAGAGAUGGAGAGUCCAAGAAGUCAAUCUGAGGAACUGCUUACACAGCAAGAGCCGGCACUGUCUGUAGAGUCUUCGGUGUUAGCUCCUCAGUCACCACAGGUCCAGACUGCAGAAUCUGCCCUGCUUCUGUUCACCCCGGAUCUGAAGGACAGGAUACGCCAGUCUGUCUGUCCAAAUGACCUCAUGUUCUUCACCCCUCCUGACAUAUAGCCAAAGAUAAAUGUCUCUCAAAAUGUUCAGUUUAUAACUUUCACUUUUAUUUCAAGAUUUGGAAGAAUUGUUUUGUUUUCCAAAAGGUUCUAAAUAAAGUUGUGGUUCAAGCA